AUGAGGAAUUAUUCGGAUGAAAUAGUGAAGCACAUUGAAGGUUGCUGGAAAUCCGAAGUCGAUGAACGGACGGAGUGGAAUUUUGUCACUUCAACUUUAUACGGAUUUGGCAUUGUCACAACACUUGGUUACAAUCGUAUAGCGCCGAUUACGCUGACCGGCCGUAUGUUCUGCAUUCUGUACGGACUGUGCGGCAUACCAGUCACAAUGAUCACUAUCGCCAAUGUUGGCCGUUAUCUUAACACAUUUGCAAAAAAUUGCAAACAAAAGUAUUUCUUUGUCUUUCUUCUCGCAAGCAAGCAACAACCAGUACAGUGCUUUGAUAGCAUUGCUGAUCAAGCAGCAUUGUCACUGAUAAUUGCUUGA